AUGGUGCAUGUUGAAGAGAGUCUUCAAAUACCUCGAGACUUUGAGGGGUUUGGCGAGGAGGGGUUCGACCCUAAUUGGCCCAACGGUGCUCGUAUCGCUGUCUCCUUUGUUCUCAACUAUGAGGAAGGUGGCGAGCGCAGCAUCUUGGACGGUGAUGCUUUCUCAGAGCCAUACCUCUGGGAAAAGGGCUCAUCCGGAGGCUAUAAGGAAGGUGCUAGGUACUUGAACGCUGAGCAAGACUUCGAAUACGGAAGCCGCUCAGCGUCAUGGCGCCUUACUCGGCUCUUCCAAGAGUUCGGGUGGACCUUCACCACAUAUGCAGUGGCAUACGCACUGAAGCGUAACCCAAGCUUUGCAAAGGCUUUAGUGCGAGAUGGACACGAGAUUGCCUGCCAUGGACUUAGAUGGCUGGAUAUUUGGGACUACUCACUCGAAGAGGACAAAGACUAUAUCAAGAAGAACAUCUUGAUGAUCAAGGAAGUUUCAGGUGAAAUGCCCGUUGGCGCCUACUUUGGGCGUGGAACCCCCAAUACACCAUCCUUGUUCCCGGAAGUCUGGAAGAGCCUUGGGGGCGAGUUCCUGUGGUCUUCGGAAUGCUACAACGAUGACGUGCCCUAUUGGCUUGACUUGCCUUGGGAAAAGGACUUGCCAGAGGAGAAGAGGGAGGGCAUGCUGCUCAUUCCCUACAAUUACGAUUGCAAUGACGGGAAAUUCCACAUGUCGCCAGGAUUCGGUAGCUCCGUCGGCGAAACAUACGAGCAGUACUUGAAGAACACCUUCGACUGCCUCUACCGAGAAGGAGGCAAGUUGAUGAACAUUCCUCUACACACACGCAUUAUAGGCAAGCCAGGUAGGUCAGAGGCACUGAGGAAGUUCAUGAAGUACAUUGCAGAAAAGGAAGGAGUUUGGGUAACAACGAGACGAGACAUCGCAAAGCACAUGAGAUCACAAUUUCCUUACAAACCAGAUAGGAAGUGGAUGAGAGGCGCAUAA